UUGAAGGCUUGGAGCAUGCCUGCACAAGCACGCCGCAGUACAAAAACCGUUUCCAGUUAAAAAUUAACUUAACCUGGUUACCAGGGAUUGGCAGUCUCAUUCCUCCGUCGCCAGUUUUAGUUCCAGACUUUGAUUUUUUCAAGUUUCAACGCAGACCCUUCCCCAUCUUUUCCUCUGUCUCUAACAUUUGUACUGCCCCGAACCUUCACCCUCUUGACCUGCGUUUCCCAUCCAAAUCGUCUCCAUUAAGAAAACCAUUCAAUCUUCAUUCAUUACCAAUACCUCCAAAUCACGCCCCGCCAUAUUUAACCCUUUCACUGAUUUUCUCUCUUCCAUUACUAAUCUCAUCAUUAUAAUAACUUCGUCACCACUUCGUAAACUUAUAGAGCUUUCCUUGUAAGUCUUGAUUUAACUAUGGAGCUUUUCGCCAAAGCCAGCGCUGUCAAGCUUCGCAGCCAUCUUGACAAGUACCUUGUCGCGGACGACGGUCGUGAAAAGGUCCGGCAGAGUAGAAACGGGUCGUCCAGGAGGGCCAAAUGGGUCGUGGAAUUAGUGGAAGGGAAGACCCACGUUGUGCGGCUCAAGAGCUGUCAUGGUCGGUACUUGACGGCCACGGACAGGCCUUUUCUGUUGGGGAUGACCGGAGAGAGAGUUGUUCAGAGCGAUUUCGAGACGGAUUCGGAUUGGAAGUUCGAGUGGCAGCCGAUAAGAGAUGGAUUUCAGGUGAGGCUGAGGAGUUGGUGUGGGAAGUAUUUGAGGGGCAACGGCGGGACGCGGCCGUGGAGGAACUCCGUCACGCACGAUGAACCCCAUAGCUACUCGUCGACGAGCAAUUGGGUUCUGUGGGAUGUGGAGGCGGUCGAAUUGCCGGAGGCGCUGGAAUAUUCGUUUUCCGAGAGUGUCUUGUCGUCCUCUGUUUCCGAUGAGAAUUUCGGUUCGGAACCGUCGUCGCCAAUGUCGGUUUUCUCCUUGGCUUCCUCGCCGAGACGGAAUUCUAAGUUGCAGAUAAGUUCCAACAAGUUCAGGUCCGGCAUGGACUUCUUUCACAACGCCAAGGCGGUGCGCCUCCGCAGCCACCAUGAUAAGUACCUCCUCGCCGAUGAGGAUGAGGAAUCCGUCGCCCAGGACCGAAACGGAUCUUCCAAGGCCGGCCGAUGGAUCGUCGAGUACGUCCCCGGCUAUGACAACAUCAUUCGUCUCAAGAGCAUCUACGGCAAGUACCUCACCGCUUCCAACCAGCCAUUCCUGCUCGGCAUGACGGGUCGCAAGGUGCUUCAGACUCUGCCGCGCAGGCUCGAUUCCUCCGUCGAGUGGGAACCCGUGAGAGACGGAUCUCGGCUCAAGCUCAAGACCCGAUACGGGAACUAUCUCAGGGCCAAUGGCGGCUUGCCGCCUUGGAGGAACUCUGUGACUCACGAUAUCCCCCAUAGGACUUCCACACAGGAUUGGAUCUUGUGGGAUGUGGACGUCGUCGAGAUUCAUAUUCAGAAACCCGCGCCUCCGCCCGUGCCUCAUUCGGAUUCUCUGGACUUCGAAUCCAACACCCCAACCGCUCAAUCCAUCAAAGCUGCGACCUUUUCAAGACAGGAGUCCACUGAUUCUAAUGUAGGUUCGCCGCCGAAGAUGGAGGGACGAACUAUAUACUACCACGUGGCAGAGGAUAAUGGCGAUGUGGAUGAUGAAGGCGUGCAGGGCUAUUCUUUGAUCUUUAAAGGCAGUAGUGUAGAGGAAUUGACUCGCAAGUUUGUGGAAGAGACAGGGCUGGAGGGAAUCAUUGUGUGCACUCGCAGUCCUCUGAAUGGAAAGCUUUACCCUCUUCGCUUGCAGCUUCCUCCCAACAAUGUUACGAUGCAGGUGGUUCUGGUUCUUCCAUCCUCUAAAGUGGCAAGAGAUUUUGAGGAACAGGGUUUACUGUGAGAUGCCUAGCUGGAGAGUGUUGCUGUUUUGGAUCUUUUCAUAAGCAAGGCCUAUGUACAUAUUCAGAUUUUAUGUGGAAGCACUUGGGAAUGUGUUGGGGAGUUCCGCAUAUUCUCCUUGCAUUUAAAAACCGAACGCAUAGCCAUAAAGGUUUCGACUUCUAAUCAGGGAGGCAUUUCUAAAGCCGCCAUUGUGAAGGGUAUGAAUUAUGGUAUCUCGUAACAGCAUUAUCGGAUCAUUAAUGGCUGUCCUAGGGUUUAGGGGUAGGGUGGUUUUGUAAUUUUGUUAUGUGCUUCAUGGUUGAUUCAAUUUUUUUUUUUGGGGGUCAAAAUGCUUGAUUCAAUUUAUUUGUUAACCAGUGCCAGAUGUUAUCGUUGGAUAUAUGUAAAAUUAAACUUGUAUCGGAAUUAUAAUUUACUUUUUCCGUAGCGGUGUA